CUUAAAUAUUAGGGAUUAUUAGAGUGAUUUACAAAUGCCUGAAAUAGGAUUUCGUGCGUUUCAGGCAGAAAAGGAAAAUAUCAAUUAAUUUAAAAUUGUUCACUUAGUUAUACAAAUUAUAAGUAGUACACAAUAAAAGUCUUAUCACCUUAACCAAAUAACUUGCUUAACACAUUCACUGCCGGGAACCCACCUGGUGGGCGCUCGUGAACUUUGUUCAGAUGCCGGACAACCCGCUGGGCGGGUUGUUUUUUAUGCAGCUAUAGACCACCGUUUUCUGGGGUAGUGCGCCGUUUUUUGUCUGGCAGUGAAUGUGUUAAGUAUUAAAAUUAUCAAAGUACAGCCGGUGAUUACAUACUCGUAAAAUGAUUAUUUUACGAAUAAGUAAAAGUAGUAAGAAAGUGAGAGGGAGGGAGUGGAGACAAAUCCCACGUGAUCUCACCAGGGGGAAGGGGGUCUCAAAAAAUCUUCAAAACCCCUCACGUAAUUAAUGAACGCCCCUUAAACCAAUAUCCUGAAAAAAACUGUUGACUACACAGGGUGUUUAUCUAGUCACCUGCAAUAAUUUACUCGGGCUGAAUAUAUAGGUCAUAGUGAGCAACUUUUAAUAUGGGACCAACCCCGAAAUAGCAAAAAAUUUACAUAGCAAAAUGUCUAAGUCAGACAGCCAAAUUGUAUGAAACAAACAAUUUUUUUUUCGCGAUUUUGUGGUUGGUCUCGUAGUAAACUAAACAUCCUGUAUGAUGGUGGACUUUAUUUAUGUUAGCAGACGGUGUUCAAGGUUUUUAGUAAGUGCCUGUGAUUUUCUUGUCAACUCGUACAUCGCUAAUCACGACACGUUGUCGUUUUUCCUCUACAAAGUAUUUCCUCUACAUACCGGGAAACCUAUGUUAUCGGCUACGACGUAGCUCAGCGGUGAAUCAUUUAGAAUCAUUUAUUUAUAUAUUGUGCAUUACAGGUAAUGGAUACAGAUUUUAUAAACAAUUUUUGUUCUCUGUAACAUGUCUUGCAACGUACUAAUAAUAAAUAUAAAAAUAAAUGUGUUAAUGAAUCAUCAUUUGUUCUAUUUACCACGUGUUUCAAAUAUGUCUCUCAGUAGAAAUCCCCCCUAUAGGUAAUGUAAAGAUAAAGAUAUGUUGUUUGCUCAAUUACUUUCCACCUUGUUCUUAAGCGGCAAACAAAUGGCCUCGUUACGAUGACACGCCUGACACGCCUCUACCUACACUCCGUUAUAUACCUUUAUAUAAUGUAUAUAAUGAUGUACAGUCAGAAACAGAUUGUAUAAAAUUGUAUACUUUUAUUAUUGGCAACAUGGCUUUACAGUGUACACAUGUGUAUGUAUCCAGGAUGGUUUAUUAAUGAUUUUGGGGUUGGUUCCAUAGUUAAAUAAGAGUUGCUCAGUAUGACCUAUGUAAGUAAUUAUUGCAAGUAAUUAAAAAAAAACAACCUGUAUUUUUUAGACUGUACUUUUAUGCUGGUAUUAGUAGAGUUCAAUAACUCGAUAUAAUGUAGGUAGGUAGAUUCAUUGAAAUCAUUUAGGGAAAACAUACAUCCCUUCUGUUUCAACAAAGUUCUAUGCGUGGGGGUCAGUUAUCUCUGCAGCUUACUGUACAUACAGCAGGAUGAGAUGACAGAUAUAGGUUUUCAUUCUAAAUAAUUAGAUAUAAAUAUGAAAGAACGACAUGGCAAAGUAUUCGUCACGCAUGAUAUAAAAAAUCAUCAAAGAAAGGUCAAUGACCGACUAUUUUUUAUUAUAUAUUUUUAUUCUAUUAGGCACUAAGUCAUCCUAUCUAAAGUCAAUUUUUCAAAUAAUUAUAAUGCUUGGUUAUACAUGCAGAUAAAGUAGUUAUCAUAAUAUAUCGUAUUUAUAGUAUUAUUUUUAAAUAUCAAGCUUAUAUCCAGGCAUAAUAUAUACCGUUAUCAUAGAAGUCGUACCUAAUCUUAUGUUAUUUAUUAUAUGAAUGUCUCAACUUUAUCUAUUUACUCAGUUCUCAAAGUGGAACCGAAUAGUGAAGAUGAUUGUUGUAUUGCUGGCAGUACUGGUCAUAGCCAUUUACUAUUUUGGCAUCCGCAGUCAUGACUAUUGGGACAAGAAAAAUGUUAAGCACGACCCCCCGGUGUUUCUGUUCGGGAACAACUACAAGGGCUUCAUUGGACGGCAAAGCUUUACAGAGGUAGCCAACGACCUCUAUAACCGGUUCCCAAACGAGAAAGUAGUCGGCUUCUACAGGGGCUCCACUCCGGAGCUAUACAUAAGGGAUCCAGAUAUCAUCAGAGAUGUAUUAAAUACUGAUUUUGCUCAUUUCUAUCCUCGGGGAUUUGGAAGAAACCCAAAGGUAGAACCUUUGAUAGCGAACUUGUUCCAAGUGGACGGAGAUUUAUGGAAGCUCCAGCGACAGCGAAUAACGCCCGCGUUCACGACCGCUAAGCUGAAGGCGAUGUUCCCGUUGGUAGUGCGGUGUGCGCAGCGAUUGCAAGAAGUAGCGCGCGAUGCCGCGGUUCGGUACGAGGCUUGCGAUGUGCGCGAGCUGAUGGCACGCUUCACAACAGAAUUCAUCGGAGCUUGCGGCUUCGGUGUCGAUACAGACACCCUUGGUAACGAAGACUCCGCCUUCAGAAACAUCGGGAGGAUGAUAUUCGCUACCCCGCUUCCGAUCGUAAUUAAGCUCAUGUUGUGGCAACUUUUUCCACCGGUAAGAUCGUUCCUUCAUGUUGCCAAUCCGAAACUUCGCGAUGCCAUUUUUGAUUUGGUGAAAACCGUCAGAAAAGAUAGACAAUAUAAGCCUUCUGGUCGUAAUGAUUUCAUAGAUCUACUCCUAGAAUUGGAGAGCAAGGGAAAAAUCGUAGGAGAAUCAGUUGAGCACCGGAACGCUGACGGGUCUCCCGUAAUUGUGGACAUGGAAAUGGAUAUCAAAAUGAUGGCUUCCCAAGUAUAUGUAUUCUUUGGUGCAGAUUUUGAAACUUCGUCGUUUGCUACAAGCUUUUUAUUGCACCAGCUGGCAUUCAAUCCUGAAAUACAAACCAAGAUCCAGUCGGAGAUCGAUGAAGUGUUACAAAAAUAUGACAAUAAGUUGUGCUAUGAUGCGGUAGCGGAGAUGACGUUGCUUGGUAUGGCUUUCAAGGAGGCAAUGAGGAUGUUCCCAUCCCUGGGCGUACUUAACCGUGUAUGCGCUCGGACUUAUACAUUCCCUGAACUAGGUCUGACUAUUGAUCCUGGAGUAAAGAUUGUGAUUCCAGUGGAGGCGCUGCAGAAUGACGAGAAGUAUUUCGACAACCCGCGCGAAUUCCGGCCGGAGCGAUUCUCUCCCGAAGAAGUGCAGAAGCGACACAAAUACGUGUACUUGCCCUUUGGAGAUGGGCCCAGAGCGUGUAUAGGGUCCCGUCUAGGCAUGAUGCAGUCGCUGGCGGGGCUUGCCACGGUGCUGCAGCAAUGCAGCGUGUCGCCGGCAUCCGAGACCCAGCGUGUGCCGCCGGUCGAUUCCCGCUCGAACAUAGUACAGGCCGUCCGGGGAGGAUUGCCACUCAAGCUCACCAAUAGACGUUAAAAGAGAAAAGUGUCGAUGGACCACACGGAUUACCUACUACUCCUACUAGGCAGUAAAGGAAAUACUUGACCGAGAAAAACUACGAUGACAUGAUGUUUGUCGCACACGUAUGGUUACUCAGAUACUUGCGGCUUGUUUUAUUGGAUAUUAAUGAUAUUAUUUAUUAAAGUAUUUUGAUGAAAGUGAUAAUAAUGCUCUAAUUUUUUACAAUACGUAGUUGCUUUAUAUGCUCAACGUUUCGUUUCCUACUCACUGAAAAACUCUCAUUAAAAUUAGUAGAGAGCUUGCAAUUUCUAAUCCGAACUAUCAUAGUCUUAAGUCAGUUUUCCGCUGAAAACCAGCGUCAUGGAUUGCCGCAGCAUUAUGCUGAGUGGGGAUCGUUUUUAGCGUCCAAUAUUUUUUUCUCUGAAUGUUCUGCUUUUCCCAAAUGUAAUGUAAUGUAACGUUAUAUAAAUGUAUUUUCUUUCUUUCUUUCUUUCAAUUUUAAGGAAAGGAGACUUAAAUCUAGUUCUGGAAAUAUAUGGGUUAAUAUAUUGAAGCGUUACAAAUUUUCUUUACCUCACCAAAUAUUGUAACAAAAUGAAAUCAACCUAAAACAAAAUAACUCAGCGGUAAAACUACAAUCAAUAGAUAAAGCGAGCGGAUAUCGUGUUUUAUUUUGUUCAGAGCUGUAUAAAGUUAGCGAUAUCUCGUUCCUAACAGGCAAUUGGAAAGUUAGUUGUGAACGAGCCAGUGGCUAGAACGGCAUUAUAGGUUAAAGUGUUGGGAGCAUGUCGUGUCGCGACCUCUUUGCCGCAUGCUCUUGCGGUAAAUACUUGCUACAUUGAGCUGUGUAAGGGGCCAGACAAGUAACAAUCGUUUAUAAAAAAUGGCAAUCGUAACUUAAAUAAUGUAGAUGAGUGCACUGAGAAA